AUGUCUGCACAAAAUAUUCCCGUAUCGGAAAUCCUUCGAAGUAAAUCAAAUUCAGAUAGUUUAGAUAUAGAUGAUGAACCUAAGAAAAAAUCAAGAGAAGAUUGGAGAAAGGCUAAAGAAUUAGAAGAAGCUAGAAAAGCAGGAACUGCUCCUGCAGCUGUAGAUGAAGAGGGAAAAGACAUAAACCCUCACAUUCCCCAAUAUAUAUCAUCCGCUCCGUGGUAUUUUGGAUCUAAAGGACCUACACUAAAACAUCAAAGACCUCAACCGGAAAAAAGAAAAGAAUAUUCUAAAUUAGAUGAAUGGUAUAAAAGAGGAACGGACAAAUCUAAAUCAUAUACUAAAUAUCGAAAAGGAGCAUGCGAAAAUUGUGGUGCCAUGACUCAUAAAAAAAAAGACUGUAUGGAAAGGCCUAGAAAAAUUGGUGCUAAAUAUAGUGGAGUUAAAAUAGGAUAUGAUGAAUUUAUACAACCUGAUUUAGCAUUAGAUUUCGAUGGAAAACGGGAUAGGUGGGCUGGUUAUGAUCCGUCACAACAUAAAAGUAUCAUUGAAGAAUAUCAAAAAAUUGAAGAUGCCAAACAUCAGUUAAGAGCUGAAAAGUUAAACAAUGCUGAUGGAAUGGAGACCGAAGAGGCUGAGGGUGAAGGCGAAGAUGACGAGGAUAAAUAUGUCGAUGAUUUUGAUAUGCCUGGAACGAAAGUAGACAGUAAACAAAGGAUAACAGUUAGAAAUUUAAGGAUAAGAGAAGAUACGGCAAAAUAUCUUAGAAACUUGGAUCCUAGUUCGGCUUAUUAUGAUCCCAAGACAAGAUCGAUGAGAGACAAUCCUGAUGUUAAUAACGACACGAAUGCAGAAGAUGCGGAUUACGCUGGAGAAAAUUUUGUGAGAUUUACCGGAGACACUAGAAAACACGCUCAAGCACAAAAGUUUGCCUGGGACGCGUACGAAAAGGGCGUCGAUGUUCAUUUGUUGGCCGAACCCACAAAACUCGAAAUGUUGCAAAAAGUUUACGAUAAGAAGAAAGACGAAUUUAAAAAUGACGUGCAAACAAACAUAUUGGGAAAAGAUGGCGGCGAAGAACAUUUGAAAGCUCCCCCCAAGAGUUUGCUCCUUGCUCAAACCGAACAUUACGUCGAAUAUUCCAGAUACGGUAAAGUUAUAAAGGGUGAAGAAAAACCAGUGAUUAGGAGUAAAUACGAAGAAGAUGUUUUCCCCGGAAAUCAUUCUUCCGUUUUCGGUUCCUAUUGGAAAAAUGGACAAUGGGGAUAUAAAUGUUGUCAUUCCUUUUUAAAGAAUUCGUAUUGCACGGGAGAGAGUGGAAAAGUUAUUAAUAACGUACCUCCGAUUGUUUAA